AUGGUAUACACUUCGUUGACUGAGGCUCCUCACAACCUCAAGGAGGCUAUCGACUGGUUGAUGGCUGUGAAGGGAACUGAUGGAGAGAACAACUUGAAGGCUCUGGGUAAAGCAGUUUACGAUGUACUCGCAGACAAGCCUAUCGGAAAGGCGGAGCUGCCGGCACUCGAAAAAGUUAAGCCCAUCGCCAAAAAGUUCCUGGAACACAAGGAUCUUAAAGGCCAGUGGUUCGUAAGAAUGCUGAUGGAUAGAUACAAUCGGCCUUUGAAUAGAUUCACCAACAGAGUCGUUAAAUCCAUGAUAUAUAUUACUGACAGCGAUUACAAAGAUGCCAUAAAGGGACAGCGUCUUACCGCUGGAAAUAUUGGAAAGAAAAUAGGUGAAGUCGUGGAUGGUUGUGGAAAGUUAUUGGAUGGCGUAAAAAACCACGACAAGUAUAAAUCUGCUUACAGUUCGGAGGCUACAUGGGAUGCGUCGUGCUCAAAAGACCCGGAAGCCUGCGCAGUGGUCCUCGUGGGAAUUGCACCAGUGCUGUUCGUAGGCCUACGUUCUUUGUUUGAUGCGGUCCCCGGUAGAAUCUUCGGAGUUGCGAGGCCUAAGGCCAAAGGAAAUUCAGAAAAAAUAUUGACUGCCGUUGGUUAUGAGCUACCGCAAAGGCGCAGUGAAAUUCUUGGUGCAGAGUUGCUCAACGCAUUAGAAGGCGUAAGUACUGAAGUGUUGACCACAAUAUACGACCUCGCUGGGUUCUGGGCUUUCUAUUGA